AUGUUCGUAGUAAAGCGCGGUACGUAUCGUCCCCCUUUUCUUCCUAUUUCUACUCAUUUUACAACAGAUGGUCGAAAGGAACGUGUUCAGUUUGAUAAAAUAACUGCUCGUGUAUCUCGACUGUGUUACGGGCUCGACUCGGAGCAUGUGGACGCAGGAGCGAUAACACAAAAGGUCAUUUCUGGUGUUUACAAGGGGGUAAACACAAUAGAACUUGAUAAUUUAGUAAUUAAUUCCUCUACAUUUCAGACACACUCUAACACAUUCAAGGCUGCUGAGACUGCCGCGUACAUGACUGUAACCCAUCCUGAUUACGCUAUUCUUGCCGCACGAAUUGCCGUCUCGAAUCUUCACAAACAGACAAAGAAAAUGUUUUCUCAUGUUGUAUCUGAUUUAUAUCAUUAUGUCAACCCAAAAAAUGGAAAAGCUUCGCCUAUGAUAAGCAAAUCCAUGUUUGAGAACGUUAUGAAACACGAAGCCGAACUCAAUUCCGCAAUUGUGUAUGAUCGUGACUUCAACUAUCAAUAUUUUGGAUUCAAGACACUUGAACGGUCCUAUCUCCUACGUCUUGAUGGCAAGAUUGUUGAACGCCCCCAACACAUGAUAAUGCGUGUCGCUGUAGGAAUUCAUGGGUCCGACAUAGAAUCAGCCAUCGAGACAUACAACUUAAUGUCAAGCAAGUAUUAUACUCACGCUUCACCAACUUUAUUCGCAGCCGGUACUCCACAAGCCCAACUCUCAUCCUGCUUCUUAAUAGAUAUGAAAGAAGACAGUAUAGACGGUAUCUAUGACACAUUAAAAACUUGUGCCAUGAUCUCCAAAAACGCUGGUGGAAUAGGACUUAAUAUUCAUCGUAUUCGCGCGACAGGAGCUUACAUAGCCGGCACCAACGGCAACUCUAACGGUAUUGUACCUAUGCUACGAGUUUUCAACAACACAGCGCGAUAUGUAGACCAAGGAGGAAAUAAACGUCCGGGUGCGUUUGCGAUCUAUCUCGAACCAUGGCAUGCAGAUGUGUUUGAAUUUUUAGACCUUCGAAAGAACCACGGGAAAGAAGAAGUCCGUGCCCGUGAUUUGUUUUAUGCUCUCUGGAUCCCUGAUCUUUUUAUGAAGCGAGUCGAAAAGAAUGCGGAAUGGACUUUGAUGUGCCCCAAUGAAUGUCCCGGACUAGCAGAUGUCUACGGUGACGAUUUUGAUAAGCUAUACGAAAACUACGAAAAGGAAGGGAAGGGACGCAAGACAAUUAAAGCCCAAAAAUUAUGGUAUUCUAUUCUUGAGGCUCAAACAGAAACCGGAAAUCCGUUUAUGUUAUACAAAGAUGCAUGCAAUAAAAAAAGUAAUCAAAAAAACCUAGGCACAAUUCGUAGCUCCAACCUUUGCACUGAGAUUGUUGAAUAUUCAUCUCCGGACGAAGUUGCUGUUUGUAACUUAGCAUCCCUGGCCUUACCAACAUAUGUUGAUUCCACCAAUGGAACUUACAACUUCCUAAAGCUCCAUGAAGUCUGCCAGGUUGUAGUCAAGAACUUGAACAAGAUAAUUGAUGUAAAUUAUUACCCUGUUCCUGAGGCCCGAACGAGCAACUUUCGCCAUAGACCAAUUGCAAUUGGCGUUCAAGGGUUAGCCGACACGUUCCUAGCUCUUCGGUUACCUUUCGAAUCACCUGAAGCAAAACAUCUUAACAAGCAAAUCUUUGAAACUAUUUACCAUGCGGCCCUGACAUCGUCAGCCGAGCUCGCCAAAAACUUAGGAACCUACGAAACCUAUGAAGGAUCGCCAGCUUCAAAAGGUGAACUUCAGUAUGAUAUGUGGGGGGUUACUCCUACUGACCUAUGGGAUUGGAGUUCACUUAAAUCAGAAAUAAGACUUCACGGACUACGAAACAGUCUACUUGUAGCCCCUAUGCCUACAGCCAGCACAAGUCAGAUAUUAGGGCGUGUUUUGGCUGGGGAGUUCCAGGUUGUCAAUCCUUGGCUUCUUAAAGAUCUUGUUGACAUGGGACUCUGGUCAGAUAAUAUGAAAAACCGUAUAAUAUCUGAUGGCGGCUCAGUCCAAAAUAUUCCUAAUAUACCAGCUGAAAUCAAAGCUCUCUACAAGACAGUCUGGGAGAUCUCUCAAAGAACUAUAAUCCAGAUGGCAGCUGAUCGCGGUGCCUUUAUUGACCAAUCUCAGUCAAUGAAUAUUCAUAUGAAAGAUCCAACUAUGGGAAAGAUUACUAGCAUGCAUUUUGCUGGCUGGAAAUUGGGUCUGAAAACUGGCAUGUAUUAUCUCCGAACCAUGGCUGCUUCAGCCCCUAUACAGUUUACUGUUGAUCAAGAAGCCCUUCUUGUUGCUGAUACUAACGUGGCCCGGGAACGUAUUAAUAGAAAGCGUCAAGCUACUGGAUUUGUCACUCAAUCUCCUGCACCCCAAUUAUCUUCCCGUCAAACAAAUGUAAUUGAUGAUAGUUCAUCGAACGGGCUAUGUCUAGAAAACUCAGGAGCAAGCGUUGCUAUUACAAAUGAGUCGGCUCCAUUCGGAACAGGCUCAAGUCCUCUAAGAACAGAGGAUAAAAUUGAGGAGGAUAAGAAUAUCAACGAUCUAGCAAUAGCUUCCUCCGUUAAAACAAGUAAUUCACAGCCCACCCCCUCAAAAAGUAGUGUAGAUCGAAAUGAGCCAUUAGAUUCAGAAGAAAAGGAGGUUGACAUUUACGCAGAAGCAGCUCUUCAAUGCUCCAUCGAGAAUCCAGAAUCUUGUACAAUGUGUAGUGGCUGA